AUGUAUUUGGCAGAGUACUUCCCUAGAUUGGAUUCUGUCUCGAUUUCUGUUGAUAACACCAAUCCUGGGGCUAGUAUAAAUUUUAAUAGAUCGGGUGCGAUUGCACUGAUUGAUGAUGUAGCUAUACCCUUGCCAAUACACCAUAAAUCAAACGAGAUACAGUUGAUUGGCUGUAAGCAAAACGUAGAGAACAAUAACCUAUCAGUAAAGUUAAAAGUUCUGCCUUCUCCAGAAAGCCAAGAUGAUCUGGCAGCAUCGUUUAUGAACUAUUCGGUACCUUCAUUGUCCAAUAUGUCUUUCAUUCAAAAAUGGUCAGUACAGGAUUUGAAGAAUAAGACUUCUCAGGAUAAGGUUUCCAAGAAGAAUGAAUUUGUCUUUUCUUGUAAGAAUUGUAAAAAGAAGGUAAUAGACAGUGAAACGAACUCAUUUUUUGAUAUGCCAUCGGAGCUUUGGUCAGAAAUGAUGGAGUUUUGGCAUUGCCACAAGCCAAAUGAGAAUCUCCAAGACUUAAAAGAGCGGCCAUAUUACCAAGGUAUUAUCAAACCUGGUAAGAAGAGUGAGGUCAUAGUGGGUAAUUAUUACGUGUUGAUACGCAUAGAUGCUGGUGAAGAAUCUGCUGUCACAUUUUUGGAUGAUAAAUGCAUCUGUAGUUCUUGCAAUCAUGGAAUGGGCCAGUACUUGGAAGAUAUUUCUACUUCUGGAAGUGAAAUGUACUACAGGAUAAACAAAUGGGAAUUAGAGUUACAAUAUAACGAUAAAUUUGAAAUGGGAAAAUGUAUAGAACUGUACCAGCCGUAUUUGUAUGUUUACAACAUGAUGAUGGAUAAGAUCAACUCAGUAGCGAUUCGAAAAUUCUAUAUAAACAAUAGUUUGUUUGUUUGGGUCGUUAACGUUGGAAUGAGUAUAUCCACUGGAGGGCAAGUAUAUUAUAAUACAUUAAAGCUAGCAACUAGAGAACUAUCUGUUGAUUCAAGCAAUGAUGAAUUAGAUGAAAAUAAUGUCGAAGUUUUGGACUUGCCUGAGACUGUACUAGCAGAGUUUAGAAAGGUAUUAGAAGAUAUGUAUCAAAAUCUACCACUUGUAAAUAGGAAAAUGGUACUUAAAAAUGGGAAUAAGGAAUUUAUAGAAUAUGAAGUGAGUUAUCUUCCAAGUAAUUGA